AGCUCACUGACUGUAUCUCGAUGCUGGUGGGGAACAACGAGAGGAUUCAGGCCUUCAUCAGUCAGCUGGAGGAAACGUGCCGAGCUGUGGAUGAGAACGGCCGCAGACAGAAGUCGAAGGUGUGCGAGUCGUUCGAUCACUUGUUCGCCCUGCUGGAGGAGAGGAAGGGAGAGAUGACUCUGAGGAUCAACUGUGAGCAGGAGGAGAAACUGGACUACAUCCGCAGCCUGAGGAGGAGGUACAGCGAGCACCUGGAGAACACCGCCAAGGUGGUGGAGACCGCCAUCCAGACGCUGGACGAGUCUGAGAUGGCUGUGUUCCUGCAGACGACCAAACCGCUGCUGCAGAAGAUCUUGGAGGGCACCGACACGUCUCACCUGGAUCAGGUCCAACACGGCUACGAGAAGAUGGAUCACUUCACGGCCAACUUUCAGCGUCAGAGGAGAGCGCUGAGCAGAGUGGACUUCAUCAAACUGGAUGAAGAGGAUGAUGACGAUGAUGAUGAAGCUGUGGAGGUCAAGAGUUUGACAGCAGCCAGUCGAGUAGAGCUGCCGCCGCCGCAGGCCACAGGACCGUCAGCCAAUCAGCAGCCUCCUCUAGCUCCUGUUCAGUCGACAGGAAAUCAGCUCCUAACCCCGCCCCCUCAGAGACCAUCAGAAGCCCCACCCACCACCAGCAACACCUUGCAGACAAAGAGUCCCGCCCCCUCAUCUAGUGCUCUGCCUCUGCCCCUCCCUACCGCUGGCCCGGCCCCUCAGGGUCAGCCGGAUCAUCAGAGCGAGGAUGACGACAGAGACGGACCCAAACACGUCUUCUCCUUCAGCUGGCUCAACCAGAAGUGACACGCCUCCA